AUGAACUUCUUGAUCCUUGCCUGUGUUGCCGCCGCGGCCGUCGCUGCUCCCCAGUACAGCUAUGGGGUUCCUUCUGCUGAGUCUAGCGAGGAAGUCGCUGCUCCCCAGUACAGCUAUGGGGUUCCUUCUGCUGAGUCUAGUGAGGAAGUCACCGCUCCCCAGACCAGCUAUGGUGCUCCUCGUGCUGCAUCCAGCGAGGAGAUUGAGUUCGUGUCAAUCCUCAAGGACGACCGCGUCCACGAGGAAGAUGGAACUUACAACUUCGACUUCGAAGCUGCCAACGGCAUCCGUUUCUCCCAGGCUGGAUCCCCCGACGGUGAUGACGACGCUGUGAUCAAGGCUGGAGAAUACUCCUACACCGCUCCUGACGGCACUGAGGUUCAUGUCAAGUUCGUGGCUGACGAGAAUGGUUUCCAGCCCCAGUCCGACGUCCUCCCCGUGGCUCCCGAGUUCCCUCACCCGAUCCCUCAGUUCGUCCUCGACCAGAUCGCCUUCGCCGCCGAGGAGGACGCCGCCGCUGCCCGCGCUGCUGAGGAAGAUUCCGACGAAGUUGCCGCCCCAUCCACUCUCUACGGCCGCCCCAACUAAUUAUAUACACAAACCAUGUAUUUAUUCUAUUUAUAUUUCAAAUAGAAUCCUUAUGACGA